GCUACUUCACAGCAAGGGUCUCAUUUCGGGAACAGGGACUUAUCAUGAUGUCGUAGUUUUCAUAAUUAUCCUCUUCAGUAUCUCUUUGUAAAAGAUUUCUUCUAAAUUUACCUGAAGUGAAUUUUGGGCAAAGGGCACAAAAACAUCCCCAAAGAUGCCUAUUGCACAAAACCGCCUAGAAGUCCUCCAAGUCUGCAAACUGCUGCAGUGUGUAAGAGAGGGUGACAAGGUCCAAAUUGAAAAAUUAACCUUAAAUGGAAUACCACACCUCGUCAACUACAAUGACCCAAGUGAGGGGGACACAGCUUUGGCAAUUGCUGCUUGUGCCAAUAAUGAUGAAAUGAUCAAGUUUCUCUUGGAACUGGGAGCACAUCCAGAUGUGAUGGACUUCAAGGGCCGCUCUGCCGUCAUGCGGGCAGCAGAAUACGGACAUGUUCAGUGUAUGGAGAAUUUAGCCAAGGAGGGAGCUGAUAUGAAACUGAAGGAUCUUGAAGGGAAAGGCAUUCUGUUCUAUGUAAUUUCUGCUCCCACACAGAGGCAUUCCCGUUGUCUUGAGAUUGCCUUAGAGUAUGGAGCAGAUGUCAAUAACAUGUCCAAGGAUGGAAAGCCUGUAUUUUUGGUGGCUUGCGAAACUGCUGCAGAAAACGAAGACAUGUGUCUGAAACUCUUGGAGAAGGGGGCAGAUCCCAAUGCUGUACAAGAGAAAGAGGGUAAGACGGCACUCAUGGCAGCAUGUGGCAGUGGUAGCGUCAAAGUUGUUUCAGCCAUUUUAGCCAAAGGUGGUGAUGUUAAUGCCAGGGACAGGCAUCGUUCCACGGCACUACAUCAGGCUGCAAAAGGUGGUUUCUUUGAAGUAUUGCAGGUUCUCUCUGCCUACGCUUCAGAGUUUGAUGUAGUAGAUGACAAAGGGAACACACCUGUACACUUUGCUGCAGAUGGGCAUGCUAUGUGCUGUCGCUUUCUCAUCCAAAGAGGUUCUAAUCCCAAGUUGAAAAACAAUGAAGGAGUUCUUCCCAAAGCAAUAGCAAAAGAUAAUGGACACAAGGACUGUGGUAAAGAGCUCCGUAAGGGAGAGAAAUCUUUUGGCAAGACAGGAAAAAACAAUGAUCCCUGGGCCAUUCAGUUAUAUGACUGGUCAUUUUCAAGGCAGAAAGAGAUUGUGGAGAUGAUGCAGAAGUUUGACCCGGACAUUUCGGGAUUUGUGCAGAAAGACGAUUUUAUCGAGUGCCUUCAGAAUUCUGGUGCUCCAUUACCAGACGAAGCUGAACUUAAAAAACUCACACUUGCUCACGACAAAAAUAAAGAUAACACAGUAGAUUACAAUGAUUUCCUCACAGGGAAAAAAUAUAUAAAUAAACUAUACUUAAUGAGUGCCUUUGAAGGAGGCAAAAAGAAAAAGAAAAAAGGUGGUAAGAAGGGCAAAAAGGGGAAGACAAAGAUCCCUAUGCCUAUCUGUGUGCAACCUGAAGGGCCAAGAACUGCAGGGGGUGGUCCCCCAGAGGUAUUCAUACCCAAAAAUAUCCAUUUUACAGAUAACACACGCUUUGAUAGAGAUAAACCUCCUGAGCACCCUCUUCAGGACGACUCUGCCUGGUAUCUCCAUCUUCCUGACAAAACCUAUGUAAACGUCAAUGAAGCUGCCAAAUAUGGGGACUUGGAUACCCUUAGAAAUGCCUUCUCCAAAGGAUCUCCUGUUGACACCAGAGAUAAAUAUUUCAAGACUCCACUUAUGACAGCGUGUAGUCAUGGAAAUAUGGAAGUAGCCAUUUUCCUCUUAGAUCAGGGGGCAGAUAUUAAUGCCAGAGACAACUUCAAAUGGACCCCAUUGCACCAUGCUUGCCACGCAGGUCAGCUUGACCUUGUAGAGUACCUGCUGUCCAGAGGGGCGGAACUGGAUGCCACAACCAUGAAUGGCGGAACCCCACUGACCAGGGCCAUAGAGAGCUCCAAGGUGGAACUGGUCAAGUUCUUGAUUGACCGGGGUGCUAAGAUACAAACGGAGAAUAAAAAAGGUCAAAACCCCCUGGAUCUUGCCAUGGCUUGGGCUGACCUUAGGGUCUUGGAUACAGUGCAGACAAAGUGGGACAGCCUCCCGGCUCCUUCAGAUAAGAAGGGCAAAGGAAAGGGUGGAAAAGGGGGCAAAAAAUCUCCACCUCCCAAGAGGGCAGCAAGUGCCCCUGCUGACAAGGAAGGUGACAUCAAGUUCCCGCCAGUUCAACAAAGAGCCACAACACCAUCAGACGAGCCUAUCCGCCAUCGCAAAGGAUCUAUUCUGCGUGCAGCAUCAGCUUUGGCUGGAGGUAUCAUCGAGACAGAGGACAUCACGUAUGUCCCGCUUAAAACAUGGACCCCUCAGAAAAAGACUGAAGAGUUGAUCCAUGAGAAAGAAGUGCGUCGACAGCGUUACGGCUGGGAAGUCGACUUUGAGGAUUUUGAGAUGCCGUUCUUAAAAAACAUCAGUCACAAAUGUGCAAUCUUUGGUGAUGAAGACGAUGACUGAUUUUGUAUGAUGUCAUAUUGAAUAUUUGUUUUAAUGUUCAUUAUACGGGAUCCUAGUGUAUUAGAGAGCUUCCUGUAUUGAUGGACAGGCAUAGCUAUAUAUGUAUAUAAAUAAUUUUUUACCAACAUAUAUGGUAGGGAUCAAAUAAUAAUGAACUACAUAUGUGUUUGAAAAAACUGUUGCCCAUGUUCUGACUACCAAACUUUUAAAGUCAGGAAAGGGUGCAGUACGGCCAAAUAAACUUACUUAAUAAAAGAACUAAAUCAUAAUGUUUUAAAUAAACAACAGUAGUACCAAUAUCACUUUUAUAUUGAGAGGUGUUACAUCAAUAACCUCUGGACUUUUUUGUUAAAAAAAUAUUUUACUGAUUUUUGUUAGUUUCAACUGACCAUUAUUUUGUAAAUGGUUAUCCUAUCAUGAUGAUCUUAAAAUGAAAAAAGCCACUUUAUCUAUAUAUUUUGCUUGUGAACAUGUGUUAAGUUUUUUUUAUUUAUACACAUUUCAAAGGAAUUGAAAGGAGCAGACUGUAAAACUUGGCCACAGCUGGCAAGCUAAAAGAAUGAAAUUAGUCUUCUGUCAUCUGUAAUAAAUGUGAUAUUAAAUCAAGUGCCUGUGAGGACUUCAAAAACUAGUCAUGUUGGUAAAAGACAGAAGGCUAGUCUACUGAUUAAUUAAAAUCAAUAAAGGAAGAUAAUAGCUAAAAUUUGAUCGACAUGAAUGUGUAAAACAGAAAGGAAAU